CUUUGGCGGGUCAAAGGUUGCUGCUGCUCGGCACGUUACCCGGGACCGGACGCGGAGGAAGUGGGGAGCUGCGCCGUAAACCGAGUGGCGGGGAGCGAAAAUGAAAACGAAACCGGACCGAAACAGAACCUAACUAAGCACCGAUUCCACAGCCCUGUAUAAAACUGCACGCUGACUAGCGGCCGAAGGAAAAACAACGACUUUAAAUUAGCUUUAAUAACAUGUAAAGUAAACGACGCAAGCAGGCUGCAGGUACUGUGGCGCUUUCAGAAGCGAACGGUGAAUAAUGGCACUUUCCCUAAACAGCCUAAAGCGAGGGGAAAUAAAGGCUCUCGGCAGUCUCUGUCAGCCGGGAAGGUCGCUUUAAACUGCGUGCCGGACCGGUGUGUCUGUCCGCGUCUGGAGACAGGACGCUCCCCCCUCUCCCCUCCCGGCGUGCGGGGCUGAGCCGCGGUGAGCUCCGUGCAGCCGCCUUCUUGCUCCUUCUCCUUUCCAUUUAGGGGAAGUAGGUGCCCGGAGCGAUUUAAAAAUAUAUAUAUAUUUUGCUGUUUGAGAAAAAAGGGAAAUAGCCCGAUAGAAAUCGCAGCUAUGGCCGGUCCCGAGCAGCAGGUCGAUGGGAAAGCGGAGCAAAUAGAUGAUGCCGAACUGGCUCUUCAGGGUAUAAACAUGCUUCUGAACAACGGCUUCAAGGAGAGCGACGAGCUCUUCAGGAAAUACAGGACCUACAGCCCCCUGAUGAGCUUUGGGGCCAGCUUCGUCAGCUUCCUGAACGCCAUGAUGACCUUUGAGGACGAGAAGAUGCAGAUGGCCUGUGAGGACCUCAAGGCCACGGAGAAACUGUGUGAGAGCGACGGUUCUGGAGUCAUCGAGACCAUCAAGAACCGGAUCAGAAAGAGCAUGGACUCCCAGAGGUCAGGGGCUGUGGUGGUGGACCGGCUGCAGAGGCAGAUCAUCGUGGCAGACUGCCAGGUGUACCUGGCCGUGCUCUCCUUCGUUAAGCAGGAACUGUCAGCGUACAUUAAGGGCGGCUGGAUCCUCCGCAAGGCCUGGAAGAUGUACAACAAGUGCUACAGCGACAUCGGCCUGCUGCAGGACGCUCACCAGCGACGAGCCUCUUCCUCCUUGCCGUCGGUGGAGCAGCCUGCAGUUCGGGAGAACGAGAACGCAGUGGCGCAGCCUGGGAGGGAGACGGUGACGGCCGAGACCCUGGGCCGCCUCAAGGGCUCAGUCAGCUUCGGCUAUGGCCUCUUCCACCUCUGCAUCUCCAUGGUGCCACCGCACCUCCUGAAAAUCGUCAACCUGCUGGGGUUUCCAGGCGACCGGGGGCAGGGGCUCGCCUCACUCACAUUUGCCAGUGAGAGUAAGGACAUGAAGGCGCCGCUCGCUACCUUGGCUCUGCUCUGGUACCACACGGUAGUGCAGCCGUUCUUCGCCCCCGAUGGCACGGACACACGGGGGGGCCUGGUGGAAGCCCAGGCCAUCCUACAGAGGAAGGCGGCCAUUUACCCCAGCUCCUCUCUCUUCACGUUCUUCAGGGGCCGCGUGCAGCGCCUUGAGUGCCAAAUUAAUAGUGCCUUGACGUCUUUCCAUGAAGCGUUGGAACUUGCGACGGAUCAAAGGGAAAUUCAGCACGUGUGUCUCUACGAAAUUGGCUGGUGCAGUAUGAUCGAGAUGAACUACUUCGACGCCUUCAAGUCCUUCGAGCGCCUGAAGAAUGAGUCAAGGUGGUCCCAGUGUUACUAUGCCUACUUGACCGGAGUUUGCCAGGGUGCUGCUGGCGACGUGGAGGGGGCUGUGAAUGUCUGUAACGACGUUCAGAAGUUAUUUAAAAGGAAGAAUAAUCAGAUUGAGCAGUUCUCUGUUAAGAGGGCUGAAAGGCUGAAGAAGUCAUCCCCUACUAAGGAGCUGUGCAUUAUGGGAGUCAUCGAGGUCCUCUACCUCUGGAAAGCUCUCCCGAAUUGCUGUUUGUCAAAACUGCAGCUUAUGAGCCAAGUCUUACAGGAGGUGGAUGAUGCGUCACACGCCAGUCUGAAACACCUGCUUCUCGGCGCCAUCCACAAAUGCCUGGGAAACACAAAGGAUGCAAUUCAGUCGUUUCAGCUGUCAGCCAAUGAUGAUCUGGGCCAGCAGAGCAUCUCGUACGUGCAGCCGUACUCCUGCUAUGAGCUGGGAUGCAUCCUACUGGAGAAUCCAGAGUCUACGGGAAGGGGAAGGUCACUACUACUGCAGGCCAAGGAGUGUUAUGCGGGAUAUGACUUUGAGAACAGGCUACACGUUCGCAUCCAUUCAGCAUUAGCCUCCAUGAAGGAGGUGGAGCCUCAGUGAUGCGCCCACUGUCAGCCCAGUCCCCGCCCCCACUGUCAGCCCAGUCCCCGCCCCCACUGUCAGCCCAGUCC